AUGGUCCACCUGAAAUCCCUCCUCACCCUCACCCUUACCUUGGUAACUAGCAUUACGGCGAUGAAUACCGACUCUACCUGCGACGACGCUUACAACAAAUGCGUCACCACCCCAGGCGCGAACCUCUCAACAUGUUUCUCUGACAGGGAGGCCUGUCGCCAUGACCAGACCAAUUCUCCUGCAAAGUUGCACUCGCCACACCCAGAGCGCUCAGUCUCCGAUGAGGAUGAUUGUCAAGACGCCUUCAACAAGUGCCGUUCUGCUCCCGGCGCCAAUAUUUCUACCUGCGUCUCCGAAAAGAGUGCCUGCGAUGAAAGGGAGAACGAGUAG